UGCGUAAAAGCGCACGCAUAAGCCAGAGAAGAUUACAUAGUAUUAUUGUUGUUAUUAUUAUUUUACCUAUUUUACUUAUUAUCCCGCACUUAUUAGCUGUCAGAGAUGAGCGCGAGCCUAAAUAACAGCUAUGAAAGGAACGUGCGUCCGUGCAUCGACCUGAUCGACUCUCUGCGCGCGCUCGGUGUGGAGAAGGACCUCGCGCUGCCCACCAUCGCCGUGAUCGGAGACCAGAGCUCGGGGAAGAGCUCGGUGCUGGAGGCGCUGUCCGGAGUCGCGCUGCCCCGCGGGAGUGGUGUAGUGACACGAUGUCCACUUGAACUCAAAAUGAAGAAGAGCAGAAAUGAAGACUUCUGGCAUGGAAAGAUAAAUUACAAGGAUUAUGAGGGAGAAAUUAAAAAUUCAGCAGAUGUGGAGAAAAUCAUCAGAAAAGCUCAGAAUGAAAUAGCUGGGGCUUUGGGCAUCAGUGAUGAGCUCAUCAGCCUUGAGAUAACAUCACCCAAUGUUCCUAACCUCACACUCAUCGAUCUGCCUGGUAUUGUCCGUGUUUCAAUCAGAGGACAACCAGAGGACAUCGGAGAACAGAGUAAGAGCGUGAUACGAAAGUUUAUCACAAAUCAAAACACCAUCCUUCUAGUGGUGGUGCCAUGUAACGUGGACAUCGCCACAACUGAAGCAUUAAGGAUGGCUCAGGAAGUUGAUCCAUAUGGCGAGAGAACCCUUGGCAUCCUAACAAAGCCUGACCUGGUGGAUAGAGGCAUGGAGGAUGCAGUGUUGUCCAUCAUAAAUAACGAGGCCAUUUACCUUAGUAAAGGAUACAUGAUUGUCAGAUGCCGAGGACAGCAAGAGAUCAUGGAAAACAUCUCACUACAUGAAGCCAUGAGGAAGGAGAGGGACUUCUUUAAUACACAUCCGUAUUUCAGCAAGCUGUAUGAUGAGAAAAAAGCCACGAUUCACAACCUGGCUGACAAACUGACACAUGAACUUGUCCAUCACAUUGAGCAAUCUUUACCACUACUAAAGGAGCAAAUCCAGAGUAAGUUGGCUGAAACUCAGGGAGAACUGAAUCGCUAUGGCUCAGGAGCUCCUACAGAUCCAGAAGAAAAGAUAGUCUUCUUGACUAAUAAAAUAACAGCAUUCAAUCAGGAUGCUAUCAACCUCACAGCUGGAGAGGAGCUGAAGAAUUUGCCACAGGUCAACAUCUUCUCAAGUCUGAGGAAAGAGUUUGCUGACUGGAAGACUGAUCUACAAAAAUCAGAAGAGAAAUUUAAGAAGGUCAUUGAGAAGGAACUAAAGGAAUAUGAGGAAAAAUACCGUGGCAGAGAAUGUCCAGGCUUCCUGAACUAUCAGGCCUUCGAGGUGAUAGUGAGAAACCAGAUCAAGGAGCUGGAGGAACCUGCUGUUGCGAGGAUGAAUGACAUUUCAGAUCUCAUUAUGAAUAUAUUGAUUCAUCUGUCUGAAGCAAACUUUAAAGAAUUCCCUCAAAUCCUUAAAAUUGCAAAGACCAAGAUUGAGAACAUAAAGGAGACAAAGGAAAAAGAAGCAGAAUCAAUGCUGAGGACUCAGUUUAGAAUGGAGCUGAUGGUCUACACCCAAGAUAGCAUGUACAGUGACAGUCUGAAGAAGCUGAAGCUCAUGGAAGAAAAAGCAGAGAGACAAGCCCAUGGUGUGGCUUACCCUCGUAGUGGUGGUUUGUACAAACAGUCAGAUAUUGAAGAUGCCAUGGAGGAACUGACACGCCACCUCAAGUCUUACUACAGCAUUGCAAGUAGGCGACUGGCUGACCAGGUGCCAAUGGUGAUUAGGUACAUAAUGCUUCAGGAAUCAGCUAAGCAGCUGCAGAGAGAAAUGCUACAGCUCAUGCGGCUCAAUGACAUUGAUGUGCUGCUGGAAGAAACUGAUGACAUCUACAUCAAACGCAACAACCUAAAAAGCCGCCAGGAUCGUCUGAAGAAGGCUCUCAAAAGAAUUAUCAUUUCUUAGACUUAAAUGUCAGUGCAAAUAUACAAAUAUAUACGUAUAUAUAAAUCGAUUAUGAGAAAAAUGGAAAUAUUUUUUUAAAUGGUAUAACUGUCAAAGAUAAAAAUAUUCACUUUCUGAUUAAAACCUACUUACCUAACAGUUAAUUAAAAUCUGUUUAUUUCUUGGCAUAAUAUUCAAAGUAAUAGAAUUAGAGUUUGUUAUUUCUCACUAUAGUGUGUAACAAAAUAUCCUAGACUAGAUUUAGGUGUACUUUUUGAGUACAUGCUUUUCUAUUUCACAUCACAUUACUAAACAGGGAGCGUUUUUGGCUGAUGACAAAAGAACAACU